GUCCAAGGAGUUUUUGAAGAAGAACGCUGUUGUCACAAGUGGCUUUGUUGGAGGAUUCCUGCUUGGCCUGGCGUCUUAGGGUUUGCCAAAAGAGCUGUCUAGUUUGUGUUAAAUGCUAUAAAAGCUUAUUGUACCCACGUGAGGAGUUUCUUUCAUCUUUUUUUUUUUAGUUGUGGCACGAAGUAGUCAUUAAUUUCAUUUCAGCUUAUAGUUCUCAUGAACCUGCAUGUGUUUUUAUCUGUACUGUAAAACUGUACUACUAUGUGGUGGGUUCUGUUAAUGUGGAAUUUGUUUAAUCAGAAUCACCACCUUUAAACUAUUUGCAGGUUAAUUCAUGCAGAUUCUGUUGAAUGACUAAAGAACACAAAGGUCAAUUGAAUUAAGUUUUUUUUCUUCAUAUUACUGGUUUUGUUUGAGCACAUGCACUCCUUUUAAAGCCAAAUCUAGGCAGAACAUUUAAAUUCACCUUGAUAUGUCAUCGGCCUCAUCAAGCCAGUGUUAUCAUUUUCAAUUUUGACGUAUAUUUUUAUGCAAAAAAUUGAACGUUACUAUUGAGUGAUAAUGGAAGUGAGAAUUGUGAUGCUUUCUUCAGAGGUGCUAAAUAGAAAGUAUUUGUCUCUCCUGCAUCUCAUUGUUCAUGUAUUUUAUUGAGCGGUAAAUUGAUGCUUUGCGUACCAAAAGACUGUGUUUGCUUUAUCUGGAGGUAAAUAAACAUGAAGGAAUGGA